CUCCAUCGCAGACUACCACCGAACCUGCAUCUCCGCUCCGUGCAGCCCAAAUGGCCAUGGAACCACCGCCGCGACCGUCGAGCUCGCUCUUCGACGUCUACCUGCGCCUGCGCCCGUCAAACGUUGCCAAUGUGCGUUUCCUCACCGUCGAAGAGAACGGGGCAACACACCCGACGCACAUCACCAUCGAGCCCCCCACGAACAUCCGCAAGCGUGCAGUCGAGCGAUUCGCGUUUACGCAAGUGUUCGAGGAGGAUGCGAAACAAUUGGAGCUGUUCAGGGGGACGGGGGCGAUUUCAAUGAUUGAGGGAGUGCUGGGCGCAAAUGGACACCAUGGACGAGAUGGAUUGCUUGCGACACUGGGUGUUACUGGCUCAGGAAAGAGUCACACGAUUCUGGGAACAAAGACCCAGCGCGGCCUUACCCAGAUGGCCCUCGAGGUACUCUUCCAGAGCACUGGAGAACAGCUGGUGCAAUCUUUCUAUGGGGCCCCAGCCUUUUCAUCUCUUGCAGUAGCCGAUGUGUCGGAAGCACAUAUGUUUACGGCGACCGCUUUCCUGGACACCAUGUACGGCGACAAUCAGUCUGAGCGCUUUCCGUCGCGAGCGCAGACACCCAUGCCGGACUGUAGUUCGUUUAUCACCACCGGAGGCUCUAGGUCGAACAAGAUCCCGCGACCAUCGGCUCUCCCUCAGACUCCGAGUGUGCACGAUAUCAACAUCCCUGUCGACACUAGCGCCGAAUAUGCGAUUGUUAUCUCCAUGUAUGAAGUCUACAAUGACCGCAUCUUCGAUCUUCUGGGUGGCUCUGCUACGAAGAACAAGCACCCCAACACGAAGCGCCGCGCGCUGUUGUUCAAGAGCACUGAACAGAGCCCAGAGCGGAAGGUCGUGGCUGGCCUCACCAAGAUUAUUUGUGGAAGCUUUGAAGAGGCGCUCAUGGUUCUGGAAACUGGCCUGAUAGAGCGCAAGGUUGCUGGAACGGGCAGCAAUGCUGUGAGCUCAAGGAGCCAUGGCUUCUUCUGCAUUGAAGUCAAGAAGCGAGAUGCUCAACGAAAGGGACCGUGGUCGAGCAGCACUCUCACUAUCGUCGACUUGGCCGGAUCCGAACGUGCUCGAAAUGCAAAGACGGCCGGUGCUACGCUCGCGGAGGCUGGCAAAAUCAACGAGUCCCUGAUGUAUCUCGGUCAGUGCAUGCAGAUGCAGUCUGACAACCAAGAUGGCUCCAAGAACGUUGUCCCCUUCCGCCAAUGCAAACUCACCGAACUCCUCUUCUCCAACUCCUUCCCCUCCUCCACCCGCCACACACAUUACCACCACCCGCAGAAAUCCAUCAUGAUCGUCACCGCCGACCCCAAAGGCGACUUCAACGCAACGUCCCAAAUCUUGCGCUACUCCGCCCUCGCCCGCGAGGUAACCGUCCCCCGAAUCCCCUCCACAACGUCCACCAUCCUCUCCGGUACGCCCCUUAAAUCCCCGUCCUUCACCACUACAGCCUCCGGUCGCACCACGCCCUCUGCCGUCCUCGAAGAACUCGAAAUCGCAAACGCAGAGAUCGCCCGUCUCACUGCCGAAGUCGAAGUCUUCGCCCUACGCCUCACAGAAGAGACGGCCAGGAGAAAAGCAGCAGAAGCUAGCUGGCGCGCCGCAGAAGACCACAUGGCCGACCUGGAGCAAGAAAUCCGCGACGAAUGCUACCUCGAGACUGAAGCUGCCGUGGAAGCCGAACGCCACCGCUGGCAGGCUGCGCUCGACAACGAGCAGGACAACCAGCAAGCGCAUCUUGAUUCUAAAAUCGACGUGGUGAUCCGGGCGACCAAGGCGCAGAUGUGCUCUCAGGAGGUGAAAGUGUACGAGGACCCGGAUCCGGAGUUGCAAGAGAGGGUGGAUGAGUUGGAGCGCGAGAACGAGGUGCUGAGGGCGAGGGUGGAAGCUAUGGAACGCGAGGCGCAGGGUAGGAGUGCGAGCCCGGUGAAGAAGAUGAGGGUGCUUAAGGCGAAGAGGUGGCAGGACCCAGAGAGUACGUUGAAGUUGGGGCUGGACAGCGAUUAGUAGUCCUGUCCAUGAUCGAUUUGUGAUGACGAACGCAUGGCCGGCGUUUCAGUGGUGUUUCUUGGACGGAGUGGGAUGGCAUUUCUAUCUCUGCGUUAGCGAUCUGUUGAAUAGCGAUCAUUGUCUAUAAUAGGGCUGUUCGUGGUCUAGAGAAUGUCAGCUUAUGUUCGACUUCUG